AUGGCAAACGUCGUCGCACGACUCCUCGAUCCUGUCGCUCUGUUGCGCACCUUCUUUCUCGCCGCAUCCGCUCUUAUCCUCUUCAUCCAGGCCGUGCCACCACUGAAAUGCCGCUUUCUAGCAUACGGCUCUCGUGCCACCCACCAAACAUCUGAUGAGCCACCGCAGUCGUCACAGAAACCCCGCACCCAGUCUGUGGACCAAUUCCUCGACGACCUGGCCAGCUUCCGCAUCCCGCAUAACUACUUCACACAUUUCUACAUAUUGUCUGUGCUAUGCUCGCUGUUUUGGGGCUAUCAGCUGUGGCCGUUGAUUGGUCUUACCCCGUGGCGAACCGUAGAUGCCACUGUCAAGGCGGUGGGGAAGGUGCAAAUCGUCUGGUUCCUCAUGCUGCUCCAGGGCACUCGUCGGCUUCUGGAAUCAUAUUUAUACACCUCGAAAAGCAAGAGUCAGAUGUGGAUCGGGCACUACAUCCUCGGUCUAGUGUUCUAUCUCACUGUGAAUGUGGCCAUCUGGAUUGAAAUCACAAAUACACUUCGGAACGGACGCCGCGCUUCAGAUCCAACAUUCGAGCGGAAACUGCCUUUUCUUACUUCCGCCAUUCUUCUAGCGCAUGCAGGGCAGCACGUGUACCAUUCAUACCUCUACCGUCUGCGUACUGAAAGUGUGGGCCCGACAUACAAGCUGCCAUCUCAUCCCCUUUUCCCAAACCUUCUCUGCCCUCACUACACUUGUGAGGUGGUUAUCUAUCUUCUUCUGUCGUUUCUAGCAGCUCCAGAAGGCCGACUUGUGAACUGGACUCUGGCCUCCGCAACGGUUUUCGUUGCUGUCAAUUUGGGUGUCACUGCUGGUGCAACAAAACACUGGUAUGCUGAGCGUUUUGGGGCGGAAAUGGUCAAGGGGAGAAAGCGAAUGAUUCCUUGGAUCUGGUGA